AUGCAACUUCUCUCUUUAGCUUUGGCUCUCUCGCCUGUCCUAGCAGGUGUAGUGACAGUGGAGCGUGUGACAACGCCCCAGGCUGUUCUUCAUACAACUACCGUCAUUGGUGAGCAGAAAGCCAUUACCAUUCCUUUAACUGCUACUGCUGCCACGACUGUGUACACUGCGACUACCACACCCCUGACCACUCCCACUGGUACGGUUGUCCGGACCUUGGCCACCACGAAAGCUGACCCUGUUACGCAAAUACCAACGUAUCAGACAACACAGCUCGCUACCCCAGUCAAUCCUUCAACUUUUACAAAGCCUGUUACGGUGCUCACUGCCAUCAUUGCAACCACUGCUACCUUUACCACGCAAACAGCGGAAAAGGCUGCUACUACAUCAACCUCUUCUACAAAAAAAACAAGCUCAACCCCGCAGUCCCAACCUACUGCGGAAGCUCAAGAAGCUCCUGCCGUCUCUGCCGUUCCAAACUACUAUCCCGAUAGUGAUAUUUUUGGUGCUGUUUCGCUGUCUGCUCCGCCAAACAUGUUUCCACGACGUGAUAUCACCUGCCCUGUUCCAAAUGGUGUCAGUACGCUGCUUCCGGCUCAAACAAAUAAGUUUUACACAAAUCUUUUCCUGGGAACUCAACAACAAUCUGUCUUUGCUCAGCCCUACACCAUGUGGUAUGCCCCUGAUAACCAAUGGUGGGGUUUCGGUGUUAGCUACACACAGGCAAGCCAGCGGGUAUUUGGACCUGACCCAAACUCUAACCCCGCAAGGUAUUAUCUGAAUCCCCUUAUGCUCAAGUCAUUUGUCUUUUCCGCAAAUGAGUUCACUACACCCAGCGCUAUGUCUCUAAAUGUCGAUGGUCAAACUCAUCUCUCAGUCAAUACUAGCCUGGUCGGCGCGGGUGGUCGCAUAGAUAUUCCUAUUUCUAUUGGUAUGGGUAUGGCUACGGCUGUAUACACGAACCUUACACCACGUCUCUACUCUCAAAUUGGUUUCAAGCAGAUUGUUAAAUACUCGAACGUUUUUUCGAAUGUUCAGAAGUAUCGUAUUGACCUGCAAGACGGCACUCAUUGGGUUGUGUAUGUCACUGAUCCAUCUGGCUCCUUUACCUGGAAAAUUAACUCCGGCAAUGACAUGGUCGGUAAUAGUAAACCCAACGGUCUGGUCGUCCAGCUGGCGAUCAAUCCGAACGGUAUGUAUGACUCCGUCAUGGACUUAGCUGCUGGCAUGUACCCCUCUACUGCAACGAUUGAUGCUAAUGUUCAAAACGAUGUUGGAUACUAUCGCUUGAACUAUCAAUCUGCGGGUACUUCUUCGACUGGUAGGAUGCUUCUUUACGCUCUUCCCCACCACGUUUCGUCAUUCACUCCCGCAACAGGCGCCUGCUCGCUUGGCUUUACUGCUUACAGCCGCACAAAGGGCUACCUGACUGCAGUUUUAGCCAAUACUUUGGAGAUGCAGGAAACUCUGGAUACAGCACUGCAAUGGCUUCCCUAUCAGCCGGGUAAAUCUUUGACCUGGAGCACCGGUGCUUUGCAGAAGAUUGCCUCCGUUAUCAACAGUGAUAUCUCUCAAGAUAUGGUGGGCCCUACCACCACCACGUCUACAUACACUGCUGGAAAGAUUCUCGACAAGUUUGCCUUUAUCGUUCUCACUGCUUCGGAAAUUCUCAAGUCCCCCAGCUUGAGUCAACAAGGUCUUGCUUCCUUAAAAGAGGCUAUCGCUCCAUGGUUGUCCAAUACUCAGUUAACCCCAUUCAUUUAUGACACUCGCUUCAAGGGUGUGACUUCUUCUGCUGAUCCAAAUGAUGAUUAUGGUGCCCCCUAUUACAACGAUCAUCAUUUCCAUUAUGGCUACUAUGUUCACGCAGCGGCUGUCAUUGGUUUGGUAGACAAAAAGUUGGGAGGCAACUGGGCUGAGGAAAACAAGGACUGGGUCAACUCACUUAUUCGUGACGUGGCCAACCCAUCAAGUUCCGACACUUAUUUCCCUGUUUUCCGUAUGUUUGAUUUCUACCACGGUCACUCGUGGGCAGCUGGUUUAUUCGAAAGUGCUGACGGUAAAAACGAAGAAUCGUCAUCUGAGGAUUACCAUUUUGCCUACGCUAUGAAGCUUUGGGGUCAAGUCAUUGGAGACAAGUCUAUGGAAGCUCGAGGUGAUCUCAUGCUUGCGAUUAUGAAGCGCUCUCUUGCUCUGUAUUAUCUCUAUGAGAACAACAAUAAUGUCGAGCCAGCCCAGAUCAUUCCCAAUCGUGUACCCGGUAUUCUCUACGAGAACAAGAUUGACCAUGUUACCUUCUUCGGUACUAAUCCCGAAUAUAUUCAGGGUAUUCAAAUGAUUCCUAUGACUGGAGCGACGGGUUUGAUUCGAAGCCAAGAAUUUGUGAGACAGGAGUGGACGUCUCUUAUUUCUACUUUCCUCAACUCGGUCAAUUCGGGUUGGACUGGAAUUCUCAGAAGUAAUCAGGCCCUUUUUGACCCUAUAACGUCUUACGUCUUCUUCUCGCAAAAUAACUUCCCGUCACAAUGGCUUGAUAAUGGUGCAUCUUUAACCUGGUAUAUUGCAUUCGCUGCUGGUCUCAGUGGUAUCUGA